AUCAGCCAUACUUUACUCUCUAGGGCAGGUCACCCUCCCUGCUUUCCACCCCCAGGUUCUCCUCUGCUGCUCUGAAAUCAGCUGACUUUCCUCUCCUGCAGAAACCUCAGCUAGCUCUGUGCUGGGAUGAUGUGGCAGAAGGUGAUUGGCUCAGUGGGGGCUCAAAAGGAGCUGCAGCCAAAGGGAUUCUGUAGAAGAGGCUGCUCCUUUGAAACACUUCUCAGCCCUGUUCCUCGCCAUCAGGCCACAGCCUUCUGAACCCUGAGCAGCCAUGGGCUACUCCAAGACAUUCUACGAAUAUCGAGAGAAAAUGAAGACUGAAGUGAACCAGGCUAUCGACAUAUUCUGGGAUAAAGUCAAUCCCAAAAAAGAGGACCAGGUCAAGGAAGGCAUAAAAAAGCUGGAGGACCACUUCAACAACACCGUGGCUGAUAUUGUAGUUGCUCACUGUGAGGACAACCAGGAAUGUGCUCCCUUACUUCCGGAACAGCAGCAGGAACUGCGGAACAGAAUCCGUAGUAAAGUCCAGGAACCAGGCUCGGAGCAGAAAUCUGAGCCUGAAGGAUCGCACAACGAAAGUCCAGGUGAUUUUGAGAGGAUGUUUAUUAACGCUGGGGAGGGUGAAAAGAGGAGGGUUUAGGAUGGAAGCAGCACCAGCAGAAAGCCUCGGCGGGGCUGCUUUGGCUCACCGGAAAUUUGGAGAAAAGGGGGGCCUUGGAGACAGGCUUGGGGGGUCAGUCCAGACGAGCUGCGGCUGCCCAUUGCUCUUCUGGUUGCAAAUCUCCCGGCAACCCAGGGUUUAGGCGAUGCAUGCCUGAAAGGGAAGAAAGGUGUGGCUUGCUCCUGGCUCCUUUGUCUUGAGUGGUUUAAAGGCUGGAGUUCUUGGGGAAGGAUCUCAAUAGAAUAUUCACCAGCUUUAUGCUGCUCUGCCAAAAUGAGAUGUGUUCCUUUACCUUAUCUGGGUUUGGGUGUGGUUGACACUAACUGGAUUCUGCUAUCUAUCUCCCUGUUUUGGGAGAAGUAUGAGCCACUUAGUCUUUUUAUUUAUUUAUUUUUAAUCCUCACCUGAAGAUGUAUUGUAUAUUGAUUUUAGAGAGAGUAAGGGGUGGAGAGUAAGAGAGCCAGAGAGAGAGAGAGAAGGAGAGAAACAUCUAUGUGAGAGAGA